CGUCAUCUUCUCUCAUCCUCACAUUUCUUUCCACUUUUCAUUCGGAGGGGUUUCGUCAAGGAAAUCUCUCCCUUCUUUCCUUCGCUCUUUUAUCCUUCUUUCUCGUCCUCUCUUCUCUUCCCCUCGGCGUGGACAUCGUGGGACAGGUGUGUAGUGGACUGAGAGGUUAGAAUAGAGUGUCAUUUCCAUUUACUAUUUACCUCAUCGUGUCGUUACAAACCACCUCAUUACCUGUACCCAUUCGUGGUAAUAAAAAUAACACACCAUGGUCACUCCCAUCAAACGCCCCUUUCCCAACCCCCCAUCCGACCCAGUGUACACUUCCGUACCCACCGACCCCAACACGAGCGAUAUAGCCGAUAGCAACAUGGCUUCUGCACGUUAUUCCUCCCUCUCCGGUCCUUCCAUUUCACCAUCUCUCCUCUCCCCUGACUUGAACGAAUCCACCACUUUGUUUGGUAGAAGCAGUUCGGCAUAUCUACCUGCUCCCUCCAUCAUAUCUAGGGAUUCAACACACACCAGUCUUCCUGGUACUCCUCCGAUGGGUGCGGAAAAUCGUCAGAGCUGGGGUUCAGGUGUUGGCUUCGCUGCUGAUCCAGCGGCUAUUGCUGGGGCAGAGCAUGUAGGAAGAAGAGGACCUUCCGCCCUAAACAGACAAGUAAGUUCAGGUUCUGAGAGAACGUCGGAGGAUGAGGAACAAGGUCAUGUAGCUCCUGCUCUCGGAGCUGGUGGCGUGGAUAUGAGUGAGAAACCUCGUUGGGCACAGGACGGGUACAUACCUAAAAAAAGCCGGAAACCCCUUUGGAUUGGUUUGGGUGUAGGUGCCGUUGUCAUCAUUGCUGCAGCUGCCAUCGGUUUGGGUGUCGGUUUAACACGAAAUCACUCUACCAAUGCUUCCACCACCACUUCUGAUGACAAGAAUGGUGGAAACAGCGAUCCUUCCUCCUCUAAAUCCGCCACUGGGACUGCAUCUAGCACCGCUCCUACCCCGACACCCACUUCAGGAGGAACAGGCUCUUUGAUCACCCUUGAAGACGGUUCCACCUUCACUUAUGAAAACCCCUUUGGCGGUCAAUGGGUUUGGGAUCCUUCCAACCCAUUCAACAAUGAUGCUCAAGCAAAUUCUUGGACGCCCUCUCUCAAUAGUACCUGGAAUUGGGGUAUCGAUAAAAUUUACGGUGUCAAUCUUGGCGGGUGGUUGGUUACCGAACCUUUCAUCGUUCCAGCAAUGUACGAAAAGUAUGCCACUGGUCCAGGUGGCACUGCUGUCGACGAAUAUACUCUUUCUCUCAACAUGGGUAGCAACUUGACUGCUGCUAUGACGGAACACUACGAGACCUUCAUCACCGAACGUGACUUUGCAGACAUCGCCCGUGCUGGUCUUAAUUGGGUUCGUAUACCUAUUCCUCACUGGGCUAUCGAAACUUUGGACGGUGAACCAUAUCUCGAACGCGUCGCUUGGACAUACUUCUUAAAGGCUAUUCAGUGGGCUCGCAAGUACGGUAUCCGUAUCAACCUCGAUCUCCAUACUGUCCCAGGUAGUCAGAACGGUUGGAAUCACUCCGGCCACUUGGGUCAGAUCAACUGGAUGAACGGUGUUAUGGGCCUUGCCAAUGCUCAACGUGCUCUUGAGUACAUCCGCACUCUGGCCCAGUUUAUCUCACAAGAGGAAUACGCACCAGUUGUCCAACUCUUUGGCUUUAUCAACGAACCCAACGCUGGAGGUGUCGGACAAUCAGCAAUAGGCAGUUUCUACUACGAAGCCUACAAAACCAUUAGGGACAUUACUGGCAUCGGCACCGGCAAAGGACCUUUCCUCUCCUUCCACGAUGGUUUCCUCGGAAUCUCCCAGUGGUACGGUUUCCUUCCUGGCGCGGAUCGUUUGGGUUUCGACAACCACCCUUACCUUAUCUUUGGUGAUCAACCCACCGGCACUCUUGCUUCGAUUGCCAAGCAACCUUGUUCCAACUGGGGAGCUUCGACAAACGAUACUCUGCAGCAGUACGGCAUGAUAGUUGCUGGUGAAUGGUCGGCUGCGCCUAACGAUUGUGGUCUUUGGAUCAAUAAUGUCGGCGCUGGUUCAAGAUACGACGGAUCGUAUGCUGGAUACACUGGUCCUAAACCUGGUUCAUGUGAUCAAUGGAACGAUUGGACGCAAUGGGAUCAGUCGACUAUCGACAGCUUACUCGAUUUGACCACCAAUUCUAUGGACGCUCUUCAGAACUGGUUCUUCUGGACCUGGAAAAUCGGUAAUUCCACCGGCACCAUCCAGCAAGUCAACCCGUUCUGGCAUUAUCAAUUGGGAUACAACAACGGUUGGCUUCCAAAAGAUCCCCGUUCACAUUUCGGAGCAUGUGCCGCAGCUGGAAUCUCUGUCGAUCAAUUUGAUGGAACGUUCGCUUCGCCUUAUAUGACCGGUGGAAGUGGUGCAGGGACGAUCCCAGCCGCAAUGUCUGCUUCCUACCCUUGGCCAGUAUCGUCUUUGACCAAUAUCGACGAAGCUACCAUCGAUUUGCUCCCUCAGUACACACAGACAGGGACACCGAUCAGCAUGCCCGGUCCUACAUUCACCAGUCCAGGAAGUAGCGCAACGAUUGAUUCGGGUAAUGGAUGGGCAAAUGCCAAUGCCGAUGGUCGACAGGCCUACGUGGCCGUUGCGGACUGCUCCUACCCAUCCGAAUACAGCGCUGCCGACCUCACACCCACCAAAGGAGCAUGUGGUGCAGGUCUUAUCCAACCCACUCGUCGUGCUAUUCUUCCCACCCCGACUCCCGCCCCAAUCAAACGAUGAUCAAUGCAGUUCCCACAAUCCAUAAAAAAUGUUAUAAUAUCUCACCCACGACUCCACACUUUCAUGCAUCCAUGACAUCUCCACAACGGUCUCACAAGGUUACGGUCUCACAAGAAUGAACGGUUAGGGGUCGACGAGGAUGUGAAAGUGUAUGAGGUUUAGCGCCGAGGAAAACAGUUCGAGGACGAAUGAAUGCAUGUUUGGGUAGAUCGAUGCAUAGUCAUGGAAAGACGGUAGGGUUUAAGAUGGUUUGGACAAUCAUGUUUUGUGGACAGUGUUUCUAUAGCUAGCUCAUGAGCGAUGUAACCAAUUCGGUUCGGUUUUA